UGCACGAAACCCGUUCCAAAGACAUUAAGAAACAUAACAAACGAUGCGUCUUCUUAUACAACACAAUAAACCUGUGAAAAUUGGAAAUUACGUUUAGUUUUUAUUAUUAGGGGGAGUGUGACCAUCGCUAUAACUAGGAGUGUGACGACUAUCACGCACACACAGCGUAUAUAUCUAUCGCCGUUUCCCUUUUAUGUGUACGCGCCCGCACUAAAUUGCUGUAUUCAUGUUCCCGUGCGCAGGGGGCGCAGACGGAAGCUAGGUUUCAGCAAGCUAGCUAGCUACUGAUAACAAUAUGCACACAUUUACCUCCCCUUGGCGACUGGAUGAUCUGAACGCCAAAUAAACGCGUACGUGCAACUGUGACUUGUAUAGGCAUUUUUGUCGAACGGAGCAGCAUUUUUUUUACAAAGCCACAAAAUCAAUGUAUUCGGCCCCUGGAGCUGCAGCAUUUCAACAAGAAGCGUUUUCAUUUGCAGACGAACUGUUGUUGUGAAGAGUAACUACUGCUCGGGAGAGUGUCCAUUUACACGCCUCUGAUCCCGCUCAAAAGUGAAAGUGGAGGAUUUGUAUUUCCAGUUGUCAACAGCUGACUUGACUUAGUCCUCUUUACAGUAAUCAUCUUGACCAAUCUUCAGUGUCUUUGGCAGCCAUGGACUGGGCCACUCCUGCUGCCAAACUGAACCCAUACGCCCGUGCCCGCGUGACAGAGGCCUGGCAGCAGCAUGCUGUCUCCCAAACACAGGUGGUCCACACCAUCCCUCCGGCGGCUGAGAACUGUACUGUGUAUGGAAUUGUCCUGCAGCAAGAGUCCACACCCCUUCACCAACAACAGCAGCAGCAGCAGACCCAGCUUGGGCAGCAGGACCAGCAACACACGCAGCACGUUCAGCAGCACUCUGCCCAGGACCAGCAGGAUGGGAAUGAGGGAGUACGCAAGUGCGAGGCAUGUGGGCAUGACAUCUCCCACCUCGCCAACCCCCAUGAGCACCAGUGCAUGGUGAGUCAGGAGAGGUCGUUCCAGUGCACCCAGUGCUUGAAGAUCUUCCACCAGGCGACAGACUUACUGGAGCACCAGUGUGUUCAAGUGGAACAGAAACCCUUUGUUUGCGGGUUGUGCAAGAUGGGCUUCUCUCUGCUCACAUCUCUCGCCCAUCACCACUCGUCACACAACAGCAAGCAUCCGAUGAAGUGUUCCAUAUGCGAGAAGACUUACCGGCCCGGUUCUUCUGGCAGCAUGACUUCCAGCUCCUCCUCGAACAAUGCCCAGCAGCCCAGCAGCGAUAGGGUGUCCACUAGCAGUCACUCGUCCAUUCUACCCUUUCCUUCAGCCCGUGACCGCCCUUACAAAUGUUCCAUAUGUCAGAAGGGCUUCAAGCACCUCUCAGAACUGACACGACACGAACGGGUGCACACGGGCGAGAAGCCUUUUAAAUGUGACACGUGCGACAAGGCCUUCAGCCAGUCUUCGCACCUGCAGCACCACCAGCGGACACACAGCAACGAGCGCCCUUUCAAGUGUGCGGUCUGCGAGAAAAGCUUUAAGCACCGCUCCCAUUUGGUGCGUCAUAUGUACGUGCACUCCGGCGAGCACUUAUUCAAAUGCAACUUAUGCGAGUUGCACUUCAAAGAAUCAUCGGAGCUCCUCCAUCAUCCCUGCCACCCGCAGGGUUCCCGCCCCUUCCGCUGCGCCACUUGCGGAAAGGGCUUCAAGCGACCGUCAGACCUGCGCCAACACGAGCGCACGCACUCAGAGGAGCGUCCUUUUCACUGUGACGAGUGUCAGAUGAGCUUUAAACAGCAGUACGCCCUAAUCAGGCACCGCCGUACGCACAACGACCCGGGCGACAGGCCGUUUAAAUGCAAUCUCUGCGACAUGGGCUUCAUGCAACCGUCACACCUCCUCUACCACCAGCACAUCCACGGCAUGGACAACCUGUUCAAGUGUCCCUCAUGUCAGAAGGAGUUCAGCCAAUCAGGAGAGCUGCUCAGGCACAAGUGCGGAGAGUCGCCCAACCCUGCGCCUGACAAGCCGUACAAGUGCGACGUCUGCAACAAGGGCUACAAGAAGAGUUCCACGUUACAGCGGCAUCAAAACUCUCAUUGCCAAGACAAGCCCCUCAAGUGUUCCCUUUGUGACCGUCGCUUCCUCUCCUCGUCCGAAUUCGUCCAGCAUCGCUGCGACCCGUCGCAAGAAAAGCCGCUGAGGUGUCCCGACUGCGAGAAGCGGUUCAAAUACUCGUCAGACCUCAACCGACACGUACGUGUGCACACGGGCGAGAAGCCGUACAAGUGCGAGCAUUGCAACAAGUGCUUCAAACAGCGCGAACACAUGACCAAACACCAGAGCACGCACUCCAGAGGACAGUUUCAGUGCGUGUGGUGUGGCGAGCGCUUCAGUGACCUUGGCUCCUUACAGGACCACACAGUACAGCACACCACUGAUGGAGAGGACUACCCUGUGCCCAACUGCAUCUAACUCAAUCUCUUAACGUCUUCUUCCCCUCACAUCCUCUCACCUCCACCAAGCAAUACAGUUGGGGUUUAGUGCAGCACACAAUAUUUUUAUGUCUCCCAUCACCAAAAGUUGUGACAGGUACUUACAGAUUCAUGGGGAUUGAGUCUGAGAACUUGUCAACACAUCAAGUCUUGGUCCACCAUGUUUUUGUUACUACAAAAUACUCGCUUAAGCCGGCGUCAACAUAAAUGGCGGAUGUCGCUUUUGGCCACUUAAAAUUUCAGAUCCAAAAACGCCAGGGCACAUACUCUUCGAGUAGAAACGUAGCAUGUGUCACCCCCGUCUAGGAAUGGACAAUAUUGCUUAAAAUCUAUAUAGUAUACAGUAAUAUAGCAGCCUCUUGCGAUAACAAUAUAUAUAAUUUGGCAUAUAAAUGGUAAUAGAAUAAUUUUAAAACAAGUUACAUAGACUCCUAAUUUAGCUGCUGACGUAUGUGAUAACAUAUUAUUAUCUCAAUAACACAUUAAUCUACUCGCUAAUUUACUGUUAAUAUCUGUUUACUUACUGUUGUAACAUUUUUAUAUGUACACUCAUGUUAAGAUAUAAUCAGCACUUAUUCUUCUGUUGUUUGGCUACUUUAAAUUAGUUUUGGGUGAUACUACAAAUUUGAGUAUGGAGUUGUUUAAAUGCCAAGUAGUUAUAGGGGAUGAAUUGGCCAAACCGAUGUCCAUACUUAAAAUUUUCAGGAUCAUUAAAUGAUUCUGAUCACAAUCUGUAAUCUGACAAAAACCCAGGAUGUGUAACAAUAUCAAUUAAUAUUUUAAUUAUUUCAUUCAUUACGUACACCAUUUUUUAUGGAGUCAAAGUAACCAUUAUUGGCUGUUAUUUCCUGAGUUUGUCAACAAUAACAAAAAUGACCAAAUAAGUUUCUAAUCACUGUAGCAUCGACCAUAUACUGAUACGACACUCUUUAUCGCUACUGUCGAUAUUUGUAUCGAUUAAUCCAUCCCUAUUUACAUUCAGGAGCUCUAGCGGGUUGCUAUGCUUUUUUGUAUCCCAUUACAGUGUGUAGUGUAGGAUGUUUAGCUAUUCCUUGUCCUCCAGUGAUAAUUCUCUUGAAAUAAUUGCAGUUUGCCGCCACAGAGGCA